AUGGAAAAUUUUUUUCAGAUUUUAUUAUCAACAAUAUUCUCAGCUGGUGAUAACGAUAUAAAAGAAGAAUUAAGUCGUUUAUUAAAUGUGUUAUCGUCAUUCGAAUUAGGAAGAAAUUAUUUAUUAGCAAAUAAUCAAGGAAAAGAUCUUUUACAAUUAUUAAUUGAUUGUCUAAAAACUAAAAAAUUAAUUAAUUAUUCAUGCGAUAAUAUUAUUGCAACAUUACAAAAAUUGUCUUACAAAUCAAUAGUUCAAAAAGAAUUGAUUCGAAUUGGUACCAUUGAAUGGUUACCACAAGUUUAUUGUGAUACAAAAAUCAAUGAUUAUUUACUCGAAUAUGGCUUAUCACUUUUUAUCAAUUUAUCAAUUAAUUCACUAAGCCAUUCAGUUAUAUUUCGAAUAAACAAUAUAAUUGUUAAUGUAUUUAAAAAAUUAUUAAAUAUAAAUAAUACAAAGAUAUGUAAAUAUAUAAAUGGAAUUUUAUAUAUAAUAUUUGGUAUUGGAGGAGUUCGAGUUCGAGCUAAAGAAAAUAAUUUUAUUGAAUUACUCGAGAAGAAAUUAAAUCAUUGUUACGAUGAUUCAGUACAAAUACCGUUGAUUAUGAAAUUACUUAAACGAGGUUUUUAUUUUAUUUUAUGUAAUAAAAUAUAA